AUGCGCGACAGAGAUCCGUCCGCGGGACAUUUCGACGACCUACUGGCGGACAAUGCUGCGAGGGCCGGGCAAAAUGAAGACCUCGACGCGAUGCUCAGCCGUGACCAGCCCAAUCACGAGCGCUUCAGUGCGCGGAAGCGCGACAACAUGGCACGGGCGCGCGGAUACGACGACACUCCGGCUCGCGGGAGGCCCCCGGCGCGCGCUUCCGGCGCGAGCGAGCAGCACGCGGGCUCUUCUCUUCCAGAGACACAAACGCUCAAGGAGAUGAUGGGCGUUCUCGACAACUUCAUGGUCUCGACCUCGACGGGACGUCCGAUCAAGAACAUACCGCCCGAGGCGCGUGAACGCAUCGUCGCGGCCGUGGAGAAUCUCGUGGGGGAACGGAGCCACAUCACAGAGCUCAAACAAUGCCGCGAGCACUUCGACGUGUACUCCAUGGAGGUGAAAAGAAGGACCCACGUCGUGCGCGAGGUUGUGUCGAACCUCAGGACAACCUUCAAGGCUGCUGAAAGCGUGGAUAUCAACGUCAAAACCGUCGCGAAGGGGGUUGUUAUGUCCUGGGCUUGGGAAACAGUCAUGGAGGAGAAGUUCCGGACCCGCGGCGCGCACCCCGCGGGCCCCGCGGGCCGGUCGCAGAGGGGCGAGGACGCUGGGGGCCCGCGAACCAUGGGGCAGAUGAGCACGGGGCUCCCAAGCUUGGCAUCGAAUGACGCGUACGACACCCCGAAGCUCGAAUUUCGGCAGCCGGCCGCGCGGAUGGAGCCGCUUCUCAGGUCCAGCGCGGGCCAGAUCCCGAAGACGAAGCGGGAGACGCGGGGGGCGUCCAACGGCGGGCCUGCAGCACACAAGCGCUCAGGGAGGGUGCUUGCGAGCAUGCGUGGUGGCGGGGCCAUGCACCCGGUUCCCAAGAACGCCGUGAACCUGCCGGCGAGAAACCAGCUCACCCUCCGACAGACGACGGCGGUUGAGCGGUGGAAGUGGGAGUUCAUCUGCCGCACGUGCUGUUACAGCACUCCCUUCCAGGAUAUAGACAUGAUGAUGGUGCGCAGCUCGUGCACGGGGCGCCCAGUUACCCCCUCCAUGUAUCAGAACUUGUACUGGUACGCGGAGAACAAGUUGGAGGCCGCGGCGGGCGCGCCGCAACUGGACAUGGUCGAGAUCAACGGCCAGACAUGGACCUUGCCGCACUGCAAGAGAUGCGCCAGCAGCAUCCAGGAGCUCGCGGAGGCCAAGGAGCAUGACUCGGAUGAAGCCAAUCGGGUUCGCGUGGAUGUCGAGGAAGUGCCAGCGGAGCUGCGGGCGCAGUACACCGUCGCUGCUGACAGGCAGCACAACAGGGAGGUGCCGCAGCUGCCGACGCCGCAGCCGGCGCGCCCGCGGACGCGGCAGGCGAAGCAGGCGCGCCUGACGUACGAGUCGCAGGUGGUGCAGGUCGACGACGACGACGAGGGGGAAGACGCGGUUGCGCUGGCGCCGCAGCGGCCCCGGCGGAGCUGCGUGUCGCCGCCGCGACCCAAGGUGCCCGAGUUCCGCGUGUUGCUGGAAGGGAUCGAGGCCAAGUACCCGCCCGACGCGCAGCGCGGCAGCCUGAUGCUCACGGGCAAGGACCUCGACCACCUGGCCCCGGGGGAGUUUUUGAACGACACCGUCAUCGAAUUCUCAUACCGCUUCCUGCACCACGAGCUGCUCGCGCCCGCGCAGCGCGACGCCCUGCACAUCUUCAGCACCUUCUUCCUGACCACGCUGCGCAAGGCCAACGGCCCGGCGCUCGAGCGCCUGCACCGCCCCAAGGCCGGCACCCCCGGAUUCGGGAGCGAGGAGUGGGUCGACGCGUUCGAGACGGCGUACGCGCGCGUGCGGAACUGGACCAAGCACGUGGACGUCUUCUCGAAGAAGUUCCUCUUCAUACCGUGCCACAACGAGCUGCACUGGUCCCUGAUCAUCGUGUGCUUCCCGUCGCACUUCCAAGUGCGGCGCGCGAGCCAGCAGGACGCGGAGCCGGUGCCGGCGCCUGGCGCGGACAGCGACGCGCCGGCCGACCCAGGCGGCCAGCCGCUGACGCUGCUGCACCUGGACUCGAUCAGGAACACGCGCAUCACGAACAACCUCACGAAGUACGUCCAGGGCUACCUGCACUUCGAGUGGCAGAAGACCGCGGGGAUCCCAGGCACGUACGCGCACGCGUGGACGCAGCGGCACGGGCAGGGCGCGGACGGGCUGGUGCCGAACUUCCUGGACGUGGACGGGUACAAGAUGAAGCAGUGCCUGUGUCCGCAGCAGGAGAACGGGUACGACUGCGGGCUCUUCAUGCUGGCCAACAUGGCCAUGUUCAGUCUGACCGACCCUGACGUGGUGAAGUACGAAGGCAACACCAGCUCCAAGCGGCACAGGUCCCGCGACUGGGCCGACUACACGCAGUUCCUGACCAUGGAUUGGUACAAGCACGACGUCGCGGCGGACCUGCGCGUGCUCCUCUUCUACAACGUCGCGGACAAGCUGGACGCCGUCGCGGCCGAGGCGUUUGCGCCGGAUAGCAAGGAGCGCGCUGCGCUCGAGAAGGGCAAGGCCGUGAUGGCGCAGCAGAUCCGGACGGACGAGCGGCGCGCGAAGCUGCUCCUGGCCGCGGAGGCCGGCGGGGAGGAAUAA